AUGUCCACAGUGGAGGUCUUGGGUGCGUUACAGAAAGUCAAGCGCUACCCAUCCGUCACUACAAUCACUUCAGACAACGGUCUCUCGUUCCAUAGAGCAGCGAAAGAGCUUAAGGUGCUGUACGCUCCACAUUCCCGAGACCUGGAAGUCAUCCUAAGUAACAUCGAGGCGAUGAUAAACAUGCGACCAAUCACCACCGUAGCUGCGGAGGUUGAUCAGAUCGAAGCUUUGAGCCCGGCGGACUCACUCUACGGCUACAAGAGUAAAACUUUCUUCCCGGAACACACACUCAAAGCGUCGAAAAGAAUCGACGCAGACAAAAUUACCUUCUCCAGGAGAUGGGUCUAUCAACAGAAAGUCCUGAACAACUUCUGGAAAUGGUUCCAUAAAGAGUACCUCAGAUACCUGCGUUCUGCCCACUCCAGGAAACCUCCACCGACCAGACCGCUGAGAGUCGGAGACAUCUGUCUAUCAGAAGAUCACAAUCCGAGCCGAGCCUACUGGCCACUUUGCAGGGUCGUAGCCCUCAAAGGAGAUGCGAAACCGGAGCACGCAAGAUCAUGCACGAUCAAGACAGCAACAGGCCAGAUCCUCGAUCGGCCCAAACGAAAUUUAUAUCCCAUUGAGAGCCCGAAGCCCAACUAA